UUCGGAUUACUUAAUUCGUGUUUAGUGUUUACACUUUCAAAUGUGAACAUUUCCUUAAUGUUUACCAUUUUUACAAGGUCAGAGGCUUGUCGUUAACUGGCUUGAUAGAGUGUGCAAAAUAAAAGCAUCCUGUCUUUCCUGCACAUGUUAAAGUCUUUUUUUUUAAACGUUCAGUGCACGUUUUGGUUUUGUGCGUUUUGUGACUGAACCUUUUUGAAGAGGAAAGAAACCAUGAAGAAAUCAAAUCUCCCGAAGAAUUGGGUCGUUUGCUCCUCCAAGAGUUAUCCUGACAGAGUUUAUUAUUUUAAUACUGUCACGAAUAAAGCGUCAUGGGUAGAGCCUGCUGCAGAAGCUGGAAGUCAAGGCCAGGAAUCCCCGCUAAAGAAAGGCAAUUCGAAAAAGCGAAAGAAAGGAUCCGAAUCAGAGGUAUCAAGACCGACAACCCCAGAGAUGACUCAAGAAACAGAGAGACCAAUUCUCCACGCUAAACGUAGAAUAUCAUUAUAUGAAUCAAAGCCGGCAAAUGAGACACCUCAAAUGCGAGAAAUACGCGAGAGAAUGCUGCAUAAGCAAGCAAAGCUGACCAAGGCAUUUAAACCGGGCACACCAGUUAAAAAGGGAAAUCAGCUCGAUCAACCGAAAGCUAAAUUACAGGUCCCUAAAGUAGCGGACUCGAAAUUAACAGACGCUAAAGUACCGGAAAGUAAAGAACCAGCUUCUAAAGCCUCGACCUCUAAACUAUCAACUGACAAACAAGACGCUAAACUACCAGAAAACAACGUCGCAGCGCCAACGAAUGCAAAAGGAAGAUUUUCAGAACCAGGAAAACCUCUUCCUCGAAGACCAGGUCGAAGACAAUCCACCGCCGGGUCAGAAAUAGGUACAAAAGAAGAAGUGACUGCAAGUCCUGUUCCUGCUACGGAUCAAAAUAUGACUCCGCAAAUGCGCUUGCUGUAUGAGAAAAUAGCGCAGAAGAAAGCUCUGAAAACUGGAAGUCCUAGAAAAUCUUUAGCUAGUUCAGCUCAGUCGCCAAGUUCGAGUUCCACGACCUCUUCAUCCUCAUCUUCUGGGACUACUUCUGGGACAUCUAGUUCUUCUGGUUCCACUUCUGUGUCUUCUUCUUCGCCAAGUAGUAAAGCUUCCAGCAAAUUGUCUCAAACAAAAGAGCAGGUUGUACCAAGUUCAUCAGCUCAAAAGACUGUGACUACGAGACGUAGAUCGAGACUAUCAACGGUUAGUUCAGUUGCUAGCGCAGCUUCAAAUCUCGCGGCUUUACCGGAAGACAAAGAACCGGAAGAAGUAGUACCUGAAGAAAAAAAACUAGAAGAGAGGAAACAGGAUGAAAGGCCGCCUUCAACAUCUUCUAGUAGGAAGACGAGACGAACUGUAUUUAUUCAAGAUGAAAUGGACAAAGCAGAACCAGACACAACCUUUCAUGUGGCUAGUCCGUAUCCUGCCACCAAAUAUCAAAAAAAUCUCGCUAAAAAGAGACUCGAUGAUUUGCGGAGAAGUCUGAGUUUGGACAAAGAGUCCAACGAAUCACAGAUUUCUAGAAAGCGAAUGAGCUUGGGAGUUAAUCAGCCUCAAAGUCCAAACGUGUCUUCCGAGAGGCUCAGCAAAGAUGUUCCAGAUCCAGGGCCAGAACCAAACUUUUAUACAAACUCAACAUCACGCUCUAAAGCUUUACGAGAUAGAGUCUUAACCUACCAAAGUUGCUCUUCUAAAGUAAACAAGGCAGCCCGACAAAAAGAUGUUGAACCAGAGCCAAUGGAAAAUGAGCCAGUUCUCUCAAGGCUUAAGGAUUUCAACAAUGAUCCCUACUACGAGGAGAUGGAGUGGGAGCCGAUUGAAGAUGAAAAAAUUAUGUCCGAGGUACAAGCAGUUCGAACGCAAUUGUAUGACACUAGAUCGGUGAAUUCUACGAACGUGAUUCAGGAUAAUAUUCUGGAAUUACCUCCAGAAUCUGUCCAGAAUAAAAAAUCUUUGUAUAUCGUCGUUGAUACGAAUGUCUUCCUCUCGAAUAUACAAGCAAUCGAGGAAGCAAGAGACACGGUCUUCAAGUCCUUUGGCAGGCCCUUUAUUGCAAUUCCCUGGACAGUGAUAAAAGAAUUAGAUUUUAUUAAAGAUGACAAAAAUGAAACGAGAUCCGAGAGUCUGAAAGCGAAAGCGAGAAGGGCUGUGCGAUUUCUUUAUCAGCAUUUUUCCGCCAAACAUCCUCGCGUUUUGGGACAGAAGGCAGAAGAUGUGGCAAGAAAUAAGGAACAAUUCGCAAUCGAUUGUCCGGAUGAUGAGAUUCUACAGAGCUGUCUUCAAAUUCGAGAAGCCGGACGUUCAGUGGUUCUCCUCUCGUACGACAAAAAUCUUUGCAAUAAAGCGAUGAUUCACGACAUUGCGACUCUUGGAAGGGACGAUCCAUUAGAAAAGAUUGAUUAUCUGAACAUUAAUGACUCUAGAAACGAUUCCUUUUCGGCUAAUAAUUUAUCUUUUAAUCAAGAUAAUCCGAAUCUAAUGAGGGCACUACUGGACGAAGAAUUGUUGGCCGCGGAAGACAUUUUUGAAGAAACAAAGGCUGUUCUUCUGAGUCUUCUUUCUCCUAUUGUGGCUACGGAAAUGCAAAAUUUAUAUGGCGAGUCCUGGGAACGCUACACAAUUGUCAGACCUCCUUGGUCGACAAAAGAUGUACUUAAAUGUGCUAUUAAACAUUGGAUGGCAGCAGUUAGUGAAUCUUUUACGAGAAGAGCUGAGCCAAUUCUUAAGGAAUUAUUGGAAACUGUUACGCAUCUACCAGAUGGUGGUAGGAAAUUGAAGGACGUCAGUUAUGUUUUGGAUAGUUGCAGUGAUUUGCUUCAAACACUCCUGCAGCAAAAGUACCCGCAACUUGUGGACAAAACGUCAUUAUCAUUGAAUGCUUUAAAGCAUAGAUGCCUAGAAGAAACAAAAAAAAUAGGCCAGAGGAGAAUACGGGACGAAAUCGGACAUGACGAAAAUGUAGCAAGGCAAGAGUGCAGGGCGCAAGUCGCUUUAGAAUAUUUUAAUAAAGUCUACGCCUUUACUCGUGACUUCUGUGGUGUGGCAGCUGAGGCUAUAAGCAUGCCGUGUCCGUUCCUCUUUGAUAAAACUGACAAAAGGUUGAGCGUCAACUUUGUAAAUAAUCAUCAACCGGUGGUAGCUGCAAAUUUGAAUCAUCUUCUGCAGAUUUUGAGCUUGGCAUUGGAAGAUAUAAAUGGUUUGAGGCCUGAUCAUAAAUCAAUAAUGGUUUUGACCGAGGCUCUAACAACCUUCUUCCCGGAUGAGUUCAAUGAUCUGAACGUUGAAUUGUCGCCUCUGGAUUUGUAUUAUUGCAUCAAAAGUAAGGAGGAUUUAAUGAAAAGAGGAUUGAACCAAUUUCAAGAAUUGAGUGAACAAUUCUGCCGAAUGGCAAGCUUUAGGUGCAGAUAAAACGAAUGCUAGGACGGGUAUGCUAGGACAGCAAUGAUAGGGCGGGUAUGCUAGGACAGUAAUGAUAGGACGGGUAUGCUAGGGCAGUAAUGCUAGGAUGGGUGUGCUAGGACAGUAAUGCAAGGACGGGUAUAGAGUCAUUUAUAUUUAUUUAUGCGGGUUUCUAAAGAUGUAAAAACUGUAAAAACUUCAAAGUGCCGAAGAUUAUUAAAACAAGCUAAAGACUUGUUUUAUAGAGUUUAAAAAACGUGGUUCCGAUUCACUUUUUUUGUAUACUUCGAAAAAUACAGCCAAUUAUUUAUAUUAUUUUCUUUUUUUUCUCUCUUUUUUUCUUCUUUUUUUUUAAUGAUUUAAGCAAGAGGCUUUUAUGAUUUUACAAAUAUACUGACCAAUUUAAAUUGUAAAGUUACUGUGUUACUUUAUGUUGAGUUGUGAUCUCAUUAUCGUUUUUUUUCUUUCUUUAUUUAAAAAAAAAAAAUUUUCAGAGCAUUGUGUCAAGAAAUGCAAUUAAAAUUUAGGAUUAGCUAUUU